AUUGCGAACCAUUGUGAAUGAACCGAACUGGCGAACUGUCAAAACAAGGUUUGACUUCGGUUUUAGCGCUAUUUCGCACAAAUCAUCCAACGUUUGAUACAUUUUGCGUUGAAAAAAUCGGCUCGACGGUGUGUUUUUUUUUAUAAUUCCAAGACAAAUCACUCAGAAAGAGAAUAUUAAUUUCGAUCAAUGUUAGCCGAUUAUUUGCGUAGUACAAUGCGACAAUACUUCAGUGACUACUGAAAAUUACUGUGAUCUGAAGUUUGGAACAAAAUGGCUGAAAAUCCGCCGAGAAACAAUGCAGCUGGAAAUGGUGGAGCAGGAAGCAAUCGAAAAACACCGAACAACAAUAAUUUCUUUCGAAUGCGUCAUCGUUUUCAAAACAGCCGUGAUACAGGACCAAAACAACGAACCGUUUCGCUUUUGAUACCACAGUCGUCUUCGUCAAGCGGAUCAUCCGGUUCUACAUCUGGUCCAUCGUCAGCAUCAGCUUCGUUUGGAAUCAAUAAAAAGACUGGGCCAUACAGUGGUUGGCAGCUUUACUUCCCUGAAGUCGACUACAAAGAUGAUUUGCCAAUACUCCGAAAGAUCAGAGCAUUUGAGCAGCACAUCAAAAGUCAGCCGCUAUUCUACAAGUUAAAUGACAUUCGAAACAAUCUCUGGUUCCCGUUGCCAUUGCAACGCCUCCAAAAUGACGAGGAAUUUUGUCGGAAUUUCCCGAAUUUCAUAUUAGAUUUGAAUUCAUCGGUAAUGGAAACGUUGAUGUGUGCCGGUUUGGCCGCCCAUCAGAGAAUUCAAACGGAUUUACCGGAAAUUUCAUCGAGUCAAUUGACCGGCAAGGAAAAUAUAACAAAAUUGUCAUUGCUACCGAUCCGAGCACGUGUUCAAGGUCACACACCAAUCGUGAAUCUCAGCGCGCUGAAGCAAGACAUUUAUAAUUGUUUGAUUUCUGUACGCGGAACGGUAGUGCGAGUGAAUCCACCAGCACUGAAGAGCUCAUGGAUCGCAUAUAGAUGCUCCAAAUGCAGAAGUGAGCAGGCCAUUCGACAAAGUGAUGUGGGUGGAUGCAACACGCCAACAUGUUGCAAAGCUAGCGGCUGUAAUGCUCGCAGUAAUUUUGCGAUGCUACAAACGUCACCGUACACACGAACCGAGCCGUAUCAAACGAUUCGCCUUCAAGAAUCAGUGCAAUCGGUUAAAGGUCAAAUUCCAAAGACAAUCGAAGUUGAUUUACACUAUGAUUUGGUUGACUCGGUAUGUCCAGGAGACGAUAUAACCGUUACAGGUAUUAUGCGAGUUCGCUCCAGUGAAAAAACUGGCUACAAUCGAGCUAAAGCGGGAACCGAAGCUGGAAUUCACAAAUACUACAUUUAUGGCAUUACGAUCGUGAGCAACAAGAACACAAUUACCGUUCGAAAUUUGGACUUUAGCGAAAGAGACUUGGAUAUGAUCCGUAGGAUUGGCAGUCAAAGACAUAUAUUUAAAAUUCUGGUUCAUUCACUGUGUCCUCGUAUCUUUGGCCAUGAAAUGGUAAAAGCUGGCUUGAUUUUGUCACUCUUUGGUGCAUCUGGGAAUGGUGGCAAAUCAGAGAUAACACCAGGACAUGGCAAACGAUCGGAAAUUCACGUUCUCGUCGUGGGCGAUCCUGGUCUUGGGAAAUCACUUUUGAUUCAGUCUUGUUCGAAUGUGUCGCCGCGGGGAAUUUUCGUGUGUGGAAAUAGCGCAUCGAAUGCUGGUUUGACUGUAUCGAUUCGCCAUGACAAAGGGUCCGAUGGAAGUCUCGAAGCGGGUGCUCUUGUAUUAGCCGAUCAAGGUGUCUGUUGCAUCGAUGAGUUCGAUAAAAUGUCAUCGAAUUACCAGUCGCUAUUGCAAGUCAUGGAGCAACAGUCAGUGAGCGUUGCCAAAGCUGGUGUUUUGUGUGCCCUACCUGCUCGAACAUCAAUCUUAGCUGCAGCAAACCCGUCAGCCGGUCACUAUGAUAAAUCGAAAACCGUGUCCGAGAAUCUGAAAAUUUGGCCAACAUUGUUAUCCCGUUUCGAUUUGGUAUUCAUAUUAUUGGAUCGAGCCGAUGCUUAUCUCGACGACUUGCUAACAAAUCACAUCCAGACAUUGAAACAGAAUCAAAAUAAACCACUGAACUAUCGAUCGAAUCUAACACAAAUGCCAUCGUUCUCCAUGGCCAAUGCCAAUUUAACACCAGCUGAGAGCGAUGCGCCGCUGUACGAACGAUUGAAAAUGACAGAUCAAACAGAUUUCCAACCAUUGCCAUCCGAAAUGAUUCGAAAGUAUAUUUUGUACGCUCGAAAAUUCUGCUUUCCAACCAUCAGUGCUGAGGCAAACGAGGAGCUCAAAAAAUUCUACACGGAAAUGCGAACAACUCGACGAGGAAUCGAUUCGGUGCCAGUAACAACACGUCAGCUUGAAGCGCUCAUUCGAUUGACACAGGCCCGAGCACGGCUCGAACUUGCCCCUGAAGCAACCAUCGAUCAUGCAAGAGAUGUGUUGGCCAUUCUACGAUACACCAUGAUCGACGUUCUGAGUACUGAACGAGACACACUGGAAAUGAAACGAAACAUCAACGGAUCGGGAAUGAGCCAUUCCACCAAAGUGAAGCGAUUCUUGCAAUUAUUGCAAGGCCAGUGCAAAAGUAUCUUCACUGUGCCGGAACUGAAAGAGCUAGCUGCGUCGCUAGGCUUCGAAAUGUUCUUCAAUCAAAUUCUUGACACGCUCAAUGUUCAAGGAUUCUUGAUUAAACGCGGAAGGGACAUUUACAAAUUCAACACAUAGCCGAGUUGAUGAAUCAGUUCGUCUUUCUAUCGUAAUCAUAUUGAUACGAAUUUAUAGAAAAUUGAUAACAACAUUUGUCAUAAGAUAAAGUAAACUCGUUGUAUUUAACAUACAUAAAAAAUGGAAUCAAAACGAAAAUUAAUUUAAAAAAAAUUAAGACAUUGAACAUCUGUUCAACAUGUACAUUAGUAUAGAAGAGCUAAAUAAAAAUUUGGAACAAAA